UUGCUAUCUUGGAACCAAAAUUUAUUUUGGAAAAUUCUUCUUAACUGUUUUAAUCAUGCUCUGUUGCAUCUCCCAUGUGAACUCGCAGUUAGAUGGGUACUGGAUCAUGAGUGUCAGAGAAAGAGCAGAAGCACUCGGCUUUGGUUAUGAGGAAUAUCAGGUAACUACUGAUGAUGGUUACGUUUUGUCUCUGAUGAGAAUUCCAAAUGGGCCUGAAAGUUCAUCUGAUAUCACAAACAAAGAACCAAUAUUGAUGUCUCAUCCCGCUUUUGAAACAACUGAGGCAUACACAAGCCUUGGAGGAGUUUACUCUCCAGCAUUCUAUUUUGCUAAUCAAGGAAAGGAUGUGUGGCUGUAUAACCUGCGUGGCAAUACUUACAGUCGGCAGCAUAUUAGAUUGGAUUCAUCUUCUGAUAGUGAAUAUUGGGAAUUCUAUAUGGAUACAGUAAGAUAUGAUUAUAUGGCUUGUGUAGAUUUUAUACUUGAGACUACUGGAUAUUCACAAACAGCAAUCUUUGGACAUUCUCUUGCAGGAGCAACAUUAGGAAUUGCUUUAGCCUUGGAGCCAGAAUAUUUUGGGUCAAGAACAUCUCUGGCAAUUUUGACUGCUCCUGCUUUGAUGAUGGCUCAUACUCAUUCAAAUAUAGAUUCCUUAUUGGGGUCUUACCCAUGGAUCCUCGAGAGUUUUAAGUCUGCAGGAGUUAACUUUUUAAGUGAAAGUGAUUAUUUAGUCAGAUGGGUCCUUUACCAAUCUUGUCUUCAGAUCCAUCCUAUGUGUACUGGGAUUACAGCUUUGCUCUUUGAUGAAGAAAAUCCUUCUGCUCUUGAUAGUGAUGCAAUGGAUUUCUUUUUGGCUAGAACUUCUAAUGGAAUGGGAAUCAGACUGAUGGAGCACUUCCUUCAGAGUGUCAGAACUUCACAGUUAACUUAUUUUGAUUACGGUACUGAAGGGAAUCUUCAAGCCUAUGGGACAGAAUAUCCUCCUCAAAUUCCUUUGGAGGAUAUUGAUACUCCAUUAGCUCUUUUGUGGGGCGAAUUUGAUGGGACUGUUUCUCAAAAGGAUUCUCAAUGGGUUAGAAGCAGACUGGAAGAAAAUACUAUUUUCGAUCAUACAUAUGAAGACCAAUCACAUUUGUCAUUUUUUAUGGGCAACAAUAUUGAAGAAUAUCUUGACGACAUUAUUGAGUUGAUGUCAGAAUAUCCUGCUGCAAAUCUUAAUACUUAAAUCGCUUAAGUCAAAUUAAUGCGUGUUAUGU